CGAAUCCCAAGGUGCAGAGGCAGCAAACUAUCCAUUUUGUACGAUCGAUUCGAAUGUUGGCCUCGUGAAAGUACCAGAUGAAAAACUUGAAAAUCUUAGCGAACUGAACAAAUCUGUCAAGUGUGUGCCCACAGCGUUGGAAUUUGUAGAUGUGGCAGGGCUCAUCAAAGGAGCAUCUACUGGUGAGGGUCUGGGAAAUAAAUUCCUUGCGAGCAUUCGUCAGUGCGGUAAGUCCAGGAAAGCGUAAAUUCAGCAGGGAGAGACCACGACCGAAAUUUAAAUACCCAUGACUCAUUUGGUGCUUGCUUCGAAAACUUCUUAUCUUAUUUUUCUUCCAAUUUGUCGUCAGAUGCAAUUGUCCACGUUGUGCGAUGCUUCGAUGACGAAGAUGUUAUCCAUGUUGACGGAAGCGGUAAGGUGGAAACGAAAUUGAUUGUUUCUUUUUUUUUAUUCUUUCUACGACAAAACUGACCCAGCCGGAAAAACGGACUUCGUUGGAAUGGAUUUUUCUCAUUUAUGGAUCAAUUUUUUUCGAAUUUCGAACUUCGUAGUCGAUCCGAUCAGAGACGCAGAGCUUAUUAAUCUUGAACUUGCAUUCGCGGAUUUGGCACAAGUCGAAGAACGUUUGUCUCGGAUCAGAAAGGAGCAAAGGGCAGGAAAGGCAGAUCCGGCGGAGCAAGCCGCGCUAGAGAAGGUUUGUGCUGUAUUGGAAACGGACAAGCCCGCUCGAUUCGCAGACUUAUUAGAGGAAGAAGAGCUUGCAAUCAAAUCGUUAGGGCUAU